AUUAUUACUAUGUUAUCUUGCUAUUAGUAUGUGCACCUGUGAUGUAUAUGUGCUAUGUAAUUAAAAAGACAGAUAUUUUGGCAGAUUAUGAACUUCAUUUCCCACAAUGCAGUUCUUACAUAUACUCGCCAAAUUCCGGGUGACAUGAGCGAGUUUCCGCGCGUUUUCGGAUUUGGGACUGACUACACAGUUAGCGAAGAUGUUGGUGGAAAAUAGAGUUGUGUACAGUUGUAGGUCAAGUUAAGUGGAAAAUGUGAUUCUGUUGGAGUUAUAACAUUAGCGAGAUAUUCAAUCAUGUUGCUACCAUCUGAUAUUGCGCGACUUGUUCUUGGGUAUCUACAAGAAGAAGGUCUCAGUGGCACAAGUAGAGCAUUCAUUCUGGAAAGCCCCAAUUUGAAAGAGUAUGCAGAGCACAGUACAGAGGAUGGACUUAUUCCAGCCUGUGUGUUUUCACUUUUUGGGAAGAACCUGAAAACUAUUUUGAAUGAAUAUGUAGCUUCCAAAACAAAGGAAAUAAGUCAAGAAAAUCAUGCCCCUGCCAUGUUGUCAUCAUUAUGGAAGAAGCUGGAUAUCACUCUUAAUCAGAUCAAAUGUUUGGAGAACUCUCCAAUUGUAUAUUCCAGCCAGAGGAUGCGUACAAAAAAUGGCAUCAUAAGAAACCGGGCCCUGGCAAGUCCUAUGGCGUGUCCCAGUCCUAGUGGUGUGAUGGCUCCUUCUCCCAGCUCAUGUGCGCCCAGUCCCCUCCCCACCCCGCAUGGCGCUCCUGGACAUUCCACCCCUGUGUGUGUCUCCCAGGCUCGGCUGUCCCCACUGACUCUCAGUCACCCCCAUGUCCAGGAUGUGAGCCGCCUGUCCAUCAACUUGAGCCACAAUACCCCACUGCAAAUAAUUGUUCCUGACCAGAGGCUUACUCCUGGGCCGUUAUCUCCAGCACGCAGGAAAUGUGAUUCACCUAGAAGAAGAGGGGGGUGCCUGGCCUCAGGGAGUGGAACGUCACGGGCAAACAUCACGUCCAGUGGUCUCACUCAAGAAGGACAAGGCGAAGAAGUGGUGUCAGAGAAUUUCCCUCAAAUGGUAAUAGAAAAUGCCCGUGAGAAGAUUCUAAAGGACCGUUCGCUACAAGAAAAGCUUGCUGAAAAUAUUAACAAAAUACUUGCCAGUGACAAUAGUCCACAAGCUUCAAAGGCAGCAUGCAGCUCAGUGGAUCAAGACCAGUCCAUUGAUGAAAUUCUGGGCCUACAGGGAGAGAUCCACAUGACUGAUGAUGCCAUUCAGGACAUUCUAGAGCAGACGGAGUCUGACCCUGCUUUCCAGGCUCUCUUCGACCUCUUUGACUACGGUAAAGAGAAAACCACUGGUGCUGAGGAGGUUGAGGGAGGCCAAAGAGACCAGGAGAGCCAGGACAUUUGUCAUGUGGAGGAGCCCACCGAUACUGGUCACCUAGGUCCUGUGCAGGAAGACUCUGCAUCCUGUGCCGAGCCCUCAGCUGUACCUAGAGCAAGGGCGAGAGGAGCUCAAGAGGCCAAGAACAAGAGGAAGUCCACUCUGUCCUCAAAUGCACCCAAGAAUCCUGCUCCAGCGCUCCCCUCAGGGCUGCCUCCCAGCCAGCCAGCCUCUGAGAGCCCGGUCUCAGGCCGAGGGUCUUCUGCAGACCCAAAGCAGAGGGGGGGCAGGAGGCACACGCGGGCCUCUCAGCACCUCUCUCAGGCCAGCAGGAGCACAGACAUUGAGGACACGGUGAAUAUGGAUGUAGACGACCCGGGGGUUCCCGAGACCGACUCUGUGUCAUUGGCACAGGAGCAGUCUCAGGUCAGCAAAGGCCCCGGUGCGGAACAGCCUCCAGCCAUAGCGGGCAGCCAACUGCUAGGAACAGCACAUGACCUCCUGUUGACCGCUUCGGCUCCUGUUGCCACAGCCGGAUAUGAGGGGCAGCAAGAAUCAGCGCAGGGACAUGGUGCUAGUUGCUCCGCAGAGAAAGCACCAGAGGUUCUGCGUGGAUCUAAUAACAAGGGGCCUGUUGGAGAAGUGGACCAGUCCAAAAAACAAGGCCCUCUGUCCCAAGGAGGGCAAGCUGUGCAGAAGUCCCAGACACCAGACAGCUUGAGAGGCUCAGGGGUCAGUGUUUUGCCCCCAUCGGCUCCAGCUGCUCGUCCCGCGGCUGUGCCCUCGUCCUCCUCGGCUGCGGAGACCGACCCCGGUCAGAUUGUCUCUCUGAAGAUCAUAGUGAGUGAUGAGCAGGAGCAGCCCUCCACAGACAUGUCACUCAGCCAGGCUGUCUCCAGCAUCAGCGAGGAGCGCAUCCCCACCAUAUACCUCUCCUCCCCCGCCAAGUCGCCGGCCAGGGGGGUGCUGCUGUCUGCCCCCAGCUCCGGGGUGACCCCCGAGGAAACGGUCCAGGCAGUUAGCUGUCUUCAGAGGACUGAGGUCACUCAGGACGGUCAUCAGCCAUUAGCCCCCGGAGGUGCUGGAGACGGCUUCUUCCAGCUUCUGCCAGCCAGCACCGGACCCAGCAGCUACUUUGUGGUGACGGACCAGGUGCUACCAGGAGACCAUCAGUCCAGCGUGGUUGUGGUUCCAGGAGCGCCGGCUACCCAGAGUAAGCUGACCACGUUGCCCCAAGUUCUGGCUACGCCACCGCGGUCACGGACUGUACCACAGCCUUACGGUUCAACCUUCAUCAUAUCCUCACCAGUCCAGUCUAUGCUACAGAGUGUAAUGUUGCCCGUAUCCGUGAUGGGUCAGAACAACACAGGGAAGUUCACCAUUGUGCCCAAUCAGGUACUAACUUUGCCCUGCACAACAUCUGUGACCCAGCCAGCAACCCUAGUAGCAAAACCCAAUAUGGCCCCUCAACAAGAUGCCAGCAACCUUGGUAAAACGGUCAAGUCGAUUGCUGCUCCACCACAGAAGGUUACUGCUCCAACACAGAAGAUGGCUGCUCCUACACCGAAAGCAGCUGUUCCUUUGCCAUGUCAGAGCACAGAGCCAGGGAAGGCUGGAGGUGCUCCGGGCCAUGUGAGGAUGCUCUGCUUCGACGCUCCCUCCUCAAACACACCAACCCCGCCAGCAGCUCCAGCUCCAGCUCCAGCGCCCGUGGGCAGUGGGAGCCCCGCCACACAGACUAGGAGUCCGGCCCCCACUGAGAAACAGACAAGCAGGGAGGGCGGGCGUGCCGAGACCCCUAAACCCAUCAUCCUCGGAGGGAGCAGGUCCAAGAGGAGGGUGGAGACGGUUCGGGUGGAGGACCAAACUCCGCAGCCCUCUGCUUUUACAGCGCCACAGAACAGGGACACAUCGGUUAAGAUCCCGGAUGCAUCAGCAGGGAAGGACAAGAGCUCCGACGCUCCCAAAGCAGCAGCAGCAGUAGUCCAGCAGGGGCCCAGCACACGGUUCGAGUCCAGGAGGAAACCCCACAUGACGGAGAAGCCCGACGCAGGACACACUUCUAGCAAUGUGGCCCAGAACACUAAGCCGUCAGAGCGAUUGCAUCUGCAGAGCGCAAAGUCCACAGGAGCCAAGAGGGACGGAAAAGAGUCUGGCAAACAGGAAACGGUUAAGGCCCAAGAUGGCCGUGCGGUGACAGAAGAGAGGACAGCGGCCCCGCAGGGGGCCUCUCCUGUCACCGCCAACAAGGAGAACGAGCUGGAGGCCCACCGGGGGAAGGAGAGGGGCCAGCCAGCAUCCCCAGCCCCGCUGGACCCUGCCUCCGCUCCCUCCGCAGCAGCCAGCAAGGCCCUGAGCAAGACCAGCCCGCUGACCAAACAAGCUGCCGAGAUGCUCCAGGACAUCCAGGGCCUCCACCCUGCAGCCACCCCACCCAGGAAGCAAGGGCUGGGCUGCCUGGACCUACCGCUGCCCAGAACCCCCGGCCUGGGCCGUCUGCAGGAGGACUCGCUGGACGGGCUCCGCACGCCGGGCAGGCAGCGGCAGGGGCGUGAGGGAGAGGGCACGCCACGCCACCUGCUGCCUCCGGCCACGCCCGAGCUGCCCUCCUGCAGCCCGGCCAGCGAGACGGGCAGCGAGAACAGCAUCAACAUGGCCGCCCACACGCUCAUGAUCCUGUCCCGCGCGGCGCGCACCGGGGGGCCCCUCAAGGACAGCUUACGGCAGGAGGAGGCAGCCGCCCCCACGGUUGCAGCCAAAAGCAAGAAGCGCAAGCCCGGCGAGUCCAGCCCUGCUGACCAGAAGGAGCACUCCAGCAGCAAGAAGAAAGCGAAAGUGAAAACAGAAGAAGCUGUUGGAUUCUUUCCCUGAUGACUUGGACGUUGACAAGUUCCUGUCAUCCCUGCAUUAUGAUGAAUGAGGACUGCACUAAGUGAAGCAGUGGAAUGCUGUUUGUGGGGACUGUAAACCAUGGAUGUACUUUGAGCCUGGUGGAUGCCACCAUUAACUGCAGAAAUGGUUAAGGAGUGUGAAUCACAAUGCUGUAUAUAUAUAAAAAAGUUGCUCUGUUUUUCUGGUUGCAACAUGGUAGAUCAUAUUUAAGUACAGUUGUAAAUACACAUUCAGUUAACUUUUAUUAAAUGUCCCAAUUUUGAAA